CCUGGCAGCCGCAGCACCUGUGUUCUCCUGUGUCAAACGAAGCAACUCCCUUGAUUGCAUGCAGGCAAUCAGGGCUGGAGAAGCAGAUGCCGUCACUUUGGAUGGAGGGGAUGUCUACAUAGCUGGACUGAACAACUAUGGUCUGCAGCCCAUUAUUGCUGAGGACUACGGCCCCAGCUCAGACACAUGUGUCUAUGCUGUUGCUGUGGUAAAGAAGGACAGUGGAUUCAACAUCAAUGAGCUACAGGGGAAGAAAUCCUGCCACACUGGGUUGGGGCAUUCUGUAGGCUGGAACAUACCCAUUGGGACUCUGCUGGCCAUGGGUCUCAUUCAGUGGACAGGCAUUGAAGACAAACCUUUGGAGGAAGCGGUGAGUGAAUUCUUCAGUGCCAGCUGUGCACCAGGAGCAACACGGGGUUCCAAAUUGUGCGAACUAUGCAGCGGAGACUGCUCAAAAUCCCAUGGGGAGCCUUACUAUGGUAAUGCAGGAGCCUACCAGUGUCUGGCGGGCUGCAAUGGAGAUGUUGCUUUUGUCAGUCACCUCACUGUUCCUGAGUCAGAAAAGGCCAACUACGAGCUGCUGUGCAAGGACGGCACCAGAAAACCUAUCGACGAAUACCAGAACUGCCACCUGGCCAGGGUACCAGCACAUGCUGUGGUCAGCCGCAGGGAUAAAGAUCUAGCCGAUUUAAUCUACGCAAGCAUCAGCACUGUCUCGAACUUUAACCUCUUCUCAUCUGAAGCCUACACCCCGGCUAAAAACCUGAUGUUCAGCGACUCAACAGUGAAUCUGACAAGACUGCCCUCAAGUAUAGACUCUCUCCUGUAUUUGGGUGCUGAAUACUUGAGUGUCAUCCGUUCUAUGAGGAGACAAGUAAUGGCUCCAGCAGAUGAAAUUUCUUUUUGUGCUGUGGGUCAUGCUGAGACAGUCAAGUGUGACGUAUGGAGCUUGAACAGCUUUGAAGAGGACGUGCAAAAGAUUGGAUGCCAAGUCGCCACCACAGUGGAAGACUGUAUGAAGAAGAUUCUGUAUAAAGAGGCUGAUGCAGUGGUCAUGGACGCAGGACAUUUGUAUACAGCUGGGAAGUGUGGUCUGAUCCCCGCCAUGGUGGAGCAGUACAAUGAAGACUUGUGCAGCACUUCUGGAAGUGCCUCCUCGUACUAUGCUGUUGCCGUGGUGAAGAAGAGUUCUGGGGUGGCCUGGGAUACCCUAAGGGGGAAGAGGUCUUGUCACACUGGCAUUGGCAGAACCGCUGGCUGGAACAUCCCCAUGGGUCAAAUCUACAAGGACACUAAUGACUGUGACUUCACGAACUUCUUCGUUCAUGGCUGUGCCCCCGGAGCAGAUCCUGGCUCUCCAUUCUGUUCUCAGUGUGUUGGCAGUGGCAAAGGUGUUCAUGAUGAAGCCAAGUGCAAAGCAAAUGCUGAUGAGAAGUACUAUGGUUUCUCCGGGGCCUUUAGAUGUCUCGUAGAAGACGCUGGAGAUGUUGCCUUUGUCAAACACACAACUGUUUCAGAAAUCAUUGAUGGCGCCAGUCCAGAAUGGGCUCGUCACUGGAAGUCCACUGACUUUGAGCUGAUCUGUCCCGGGAAGCCUCACGCUCCAGUCACUGACUAUGUAUCAUGUCACUUAGCCGUGGUGCCUGCACAUGCAGUGGUGACACGUCCAGAGUCCCGUGACAAGGUUGUGAGGAUACUUAAGGAGCAGCAGGUUGGGACUUGA